AUGAUGUUCUGGAGUUCGGAGUCUGUGAAUUGGUGCAGCGGCAACAAGAGCAGAGACAGCAAUCGGUUGAGUGACUGUAACCUCUCAGAGGACAUCUGUGCAGAUCUGACCUCAGUUCUCAGCUCUCAGUCCUCCAGUCUGACAGAACUGGACCUGAGUAACAACCACCUGCAGGAUUCAGGACUGAAGAAGCUGUGUCCUGGACUGGAGAGUCCACACUGUCACCUGGAGUAUCUCAGGCUGUCAGGCUGUCUGAUCUCAGAGGAAGGCUGUGCUUCUCUGGUCUCAGCUCUGAGCUCCAACCCCUCCCACCUGAGAGAGCUGGACCUGAGCUACAACCAUCCAGGAGAGUCAGUGAAGCUUUUGUCUGCUGGACUGAAGGAUCCCCGCUGGAGACUGGACACUCUCAGGGUGGAGCCUGCUGGACAACGAUGGUUGACACCAGGUCUGAGGAAGUAUUCCUGUCAACUCACCAUCGACACAAACACAGUCAACAAACACAUCAAACUGUCUGACAACAACAGGAAGAUGACGUAUGUGAAGGAAGAUCAGUCAUAUCCUGAUCAUCCAGACAGGUUUGAUUACUGGGAUCAGCUGCUGUGUAGAGAAGUUCUGAUGGGUCGCUGUUACUGGGAGGUCCAGGUGAGAGGAGGAGUUUCUGUAUCAGUGAGUUACAGAAGAAUCAGCAGGAAAGGAGAUUCUAAAGACUGUGUGUUAGGAUGGAACGAUCAUUCCUGGAGUCUGUUAUGUUCUGAUGAUGGUCGGUACCAAGUCUGGCACAAUAACAGAGUAACAUCGUCCUCCUCCUCUUCCUCAGUCUCUGACAGAGUAGCAGUGUAUGUGGACCUUCCUGCUGGAACUCUGUCCUUCUACAGCAUCUCCUCUGACAGACUGAUCCUCCUCCACACCUUCAACACCACAUUCACUGAACCUCUUUAUCCUGGGUUCGGGUUCAGGUCUAGUUCUUGUGGUUCAGUGUCUCUGUGUUGAGUUCAGUCUCAAGAGUCUCCUGUCAGAGAAACUGUCUCUGUUGGACAGAUAGUUGAGUCUGCACAUGUCUGUCUCUGUUUCCAUCAGAACGCCUGAAUCACAUGUUGGUGAAACUGUUCUGAUUUAUUCCUUGGAACCUUUUUCCUCUUCCAGUCCUUUAAAGGUGGAAGCUGCAGUUAUUAUAGCAUCCACAUGUUGUUCUUGUGUCUGUUUCCAGUCAGAGCUUCACGGCUAACAGCAGCAUGUUGUUUCUCUGCAGCUCAGUCCAGCUGAGAUCAUUCAGUUCAUGUCCGCUGCAGUUAGUUUGCUGCACAUGUGACCAACUGUGAUGUCAAAGAGGAAUCACUGAGCUGCAAUCAGCCAAGAUGAAGUUACAACCUGCUGACAGAUCUGAGCACAAGGUUGCUGUGCAGCCAGGGUUCAUCCUGGUCUUUAUUCACACCCACUUCCUGUUCCAACCAGGACGUCACUGCUGGACUGUCAGGUCUCUGUCAUGUUAAAGUGUUGAUGAAUAAGAUGAUCCAUCAAUCAUCUACAACUGCUUCUUCAUGUUCAGGUUCCCGGGGGUCGGCCUUGUUGAUUUUACACUGUACUAAGAAGGGCUACUUUUUAAAUAAAGUUCCUCUGAUGACAAUAUUUGAUAUUCACUAAUUAAAACCGCUGCCUCAACAUUUCCUCACAAUAAUUAUCAAAUUGAUUUAUCAUGCUAGGAAACAUUUCAACACGAAACAUUUUGUAUUCUUAAUCCAUUUAGUGUGUUCCAAUUUUCAAAUCAUCACUGUCGUAACAUUUUAGUAGCAAAUCAUGAACAUCUUCAAAUCAAGUCCCAUUAAUGCAAAAUUAACCCCCAUAACACUUUUAGCAAAUCAUGAAGUCCCACAUCUGUAGAAAUGAUCAGGUAUAAAAAUAAUCACAACUUCAAAAUCCCUACAUUUGUACUAAUAAUCAAAUAUGUAACACUGGUCUUGCAUGUCAGAGUGGUUGAUUUAAGAACAUCCAGCGACCAGGGGGGCGCUGCUGCACUAGAUCCUGCUGAGAGCCGUUUAUUGUAUGGUAGAAGAAGAGAGACAAUGAUGAGAAGCUGGAUGAUGUGCAUGAAGCUGUUAUAUUACUUUGUGUCAUGAAUCUGAUGUUUGUUAUAUUGUUUUUUAUUGGAAGCACUUGUUGUUAUAUUUUAUAAUUCUGCUGGUGAGUAUUUCCAGCAGUGUUAUUUACUUCACUAAUCGUUGAAAAGUCAUUAGUUAUGUUAUCUGAAUGACACUGAUUGUUUUCUUUGUUGCCAGUUAAAUGUGAUAUUAUCUCAUGUUGAUGUUCAUGCUUAUAAACUUAUUUGGAUUGUGUGCUAUGGUUAAACAUAUGUUUAUUGCUGUUUAUUGAUUUCUAUUAUUCUCUGGUUUAUUCCAAAACCACACACACACCAUAACUGCAAAUUCACUCUCUAGACUGGAUUAAAGCACUGUAAAGGAAA